CCCAAGGAAGAGCUGUUUGAAUUAUAUAUGAUUCUAUGAUCCUUCUAUGUAGCUACAUGCUCUUCUCAAGCAUUAACCUAUAAAUGCUGUCGCUUCGCGGCACCGGAGAAUCAAGUUUGAAUCUCCUUUUGUAGGAUUGGUCGUGCGCGAUGAUGACAUGGAAGAAAAUAACCUGGAAAUCUAUGAUCUUUAGCUGCUACAAGACCAAGAGUUCUCAGCCCGAAAGGGACGAACCAGCUACAGAGCGGGGCCACAUCGACCGGGUAUUGCUUGCUGAUGUUUGUAAUCCCAGCUUGCAGGUCUCCGUCCAUAAUCUCUCGGUUUGUCUCGUCAGCUCCAAUCUUCACGUAUUCACUCUGGCGGAGCUGCGAGCAGCAACCAGUGACUUCUCGUGGAGCAGCUUUCUUGUCGAGGGCGGGUUCGGCCGAGUGCACAAAGGGUUCGUUGCUGACUCGCUCAGGCCUGGACUGGAGGCUCGAGCUGUGGCCGUGAAGCUGCUGAACCUGACCGGGUGGCAAGGCCACAAGGAGUGGCUGGCGGAAAUUAUUUUCCUUGGACAACUCCGGCAUCCGCAUCUCAUCAAAUUGAUCGGGUGUUGUUGCGAGGACAAGCACCGACUCCUAGUCUACGAGUACAUGGAGCAAGGGAGCUUAGAAAAUCUCCUCUUCGGUAAUUGUUUCCCGGCCCUGCCAUGGUCAGUCAGGAUGAAAAUUGCCCUAGGAGCUGCCGAAGGUCUGGCUUUCCUUCACGAAGCAGAUAGACCAGUGAUAUACCGGGAUUUCAAAGCUUCAAAUAUAUUGUUGGACUUGGACUACACGGCCAAAUUGUCGGACUUCGGCCUGGCAAAGGAUGGCCCAGAAGGAGACGACACGCACGUCUCGACACGAAUCAUGGGCACACCAGGCUAUGCAGCCCCGGAGUACAUCCGGACAGGUCACUUGACAACGAUGAGCGACGUGUACGGCUUCGGGGUGGUCCUGCUGGAGCUCCUCACGGGCAAGAUGGCGAUGGACAAGACGCGUCCCCGGCGAGAGCAGGACCUCGUGGAGUGGGCGAGGCCGAUGCUGAAGGAUCUGAGCAAGCAUGAGCGCGCCGUCAUGGACCCGAGGCUCGAAGGGCAGUUCUGCACCAAGGGGGCCCGGGUGGUGGCUGUGUUGGCCUACAAGUGCCUGAGCCACGACUCAAGCAAGAGGCCCAGGAUGAGUCAGCUGGUCAGGGUCCUGGAACUUCUUCAAACAGGGGACGUUGCUUCCUACUUUAGCUUAAAAUAUAGAAAGCCACUGAUCUGGGCCGUCGCAUUUAAUUACUCGGAUCGGGGCAAAUCCCAGAACUGACGCUCCAUCAAUGCUCCUCUCGAAUUUCCCGUUCCAGGCUUCUUCACCCCAAAAGGAAAAUUGAAGUCUUGGAGCAUGGGAAUCCUCAACUGGGUAUAACUUCUCCAGCUGCA